UCGGGGCUGAUUGGUUGGGGUAGGUGGUCGUCAUGGUGACUGCGGCCUGGUGGACUGUCUGGAGCCUGGGGAGCGAAUGGAGCUAGAAGACCAGGGAAAGUCGUCUCUUCCCGGGGAGCUGGGCUCCGGGGUGCCCGAGCUGCUGAAAGCUUUAUGGGAAGAGCCCGAGAAACCAAGGCGGAGUCCGGGAGGCUGUGUGAGAUCCCACCGGCAGCACCGCUACAGGCUGUGCCCACUGGCCAGGGAGAGCUAUGCUCUUCGGAAGUUACGAGAAGCAGCAAAUGGAAAUGAUCUAGACACAGUUCAGCACCUGCUAGAUGACGGAGCGGAUCCCUGUGCAGCUGAUGACAAGGGCCGUACAGCUCUGCACUUCGCAUCCUGCAAUGGAAACGACAAAAUUGUGCACUUACUCUUGGACCAUGGUGCUGAUCCAAAUCAGAGAGAUGGGCUAGGGAACACCCCAUUGCACUUGGCUGCUUGCACCAGUCAUGUUCCUGUCAUUACAACCCUUUUACGGGGAGGUGCCAGAGUGGAUGCUUUAGACCGUGCAGGCCGUACCCCUCUUCAUUUAGCUAAGUCAAAGUUGAACAUAUUACAAGAUGGAAAAUCACAGACUCUGGAAUCUCUGCGACUAGAGGUGAAACAGAUUAUCCAGAUGUUACGGGAAUACCUGGAAAGGCUGGGCCAGCAGGAACAGACAGAGCAGCUCGAUCAGAUCUGUUCCAGACUACAGAGGACGAGCACCAAGGAGCAGGUGGAUGAGGUGACGGAGUUACUGGCUAGCUUCACAUCUCUCAGUCUGCAGAUGCAGAACAUGGAGAACAGGUAGUCAGACGUGCAGGCUUCAUCAUCAGGAGUGCUGAAUGUGUCAUUCUUGGUAUGUUGUAAACCUGUCGGCUGUCGUAAGAGUCUUGCCAUCCUGCACUUUGAUGGCUACCAUGCAGAAAGCUCAGAAGUUUUGCCUUCUAGGUAAUUUGAUGUCUGCAUACUUUAUUUUGCCUAAUGUACACUCAACAUUCAAUUCCAGCUUAAUGCCUGUUUUAAUAGCUGCAUGCAUUCCCAAUGUAAUAACAAUCCCAGAGUAGUAUCAUUGUGUCUCUAUGUUGUCCAGUUGCUUUAUUAUUUCAACUAGAAGUUAUGAAGGAUUUGCUAGCAGUCU